UUGUGGUUAACUUAGCAUUGCUUUCAGAUGUCGAGCCGCGUGAAGGCCCCACAGGAACGAGAUGAUUUCCCCAGUAACAAAAACUUAGCACUUACCGUACACCAGGUGUUGAACAAUCCAAAUUAAUUAAUUUAGUUCCACAGCAUUUCCAUGAAGUAUUGCUACUUUUUUAGAAAUGAGAAGGUAAAUCACUUAAUGGUUCAUUUGUCCAAGAUCACUAGUGCAUAGCAGAACUGAGCUUUUGACAACCCCUGUAGGCUCUGUACCCUCAGUCAGUGAGUUACACCGCCUAAAGCCUAAAGCUAAAAUAAUGUCAUGUUCCAGGGAGGUUUAGUUUAUGAACAAACAACCCAGAGCAUAAGGAGUUGUGGGAAGGAGGCAGAAGCCAGGAACUGUCAGUUUUACAUGGAUUGGUUUAUUUAUAGUCUCUAUAACCUCUGAGAUUGGAACACCUAUGAAAUAAUUGUAUCUUUUAUAGAGAAGGAAAUUGAAACACAGAAAAAUGAGAUUAUUUUCGAGCAUUUAAACUGCUGUUAAGUGGCAGAGCUUAUUUCUCUGCCACACUCUAUUAGAGACUUACUCUCCUCCAGCAUGUGAGUCCUGUAUUGUACCACACUGUAAGCAUGCUCACACUUAACACUCUGCACCUACCAGACUAGUGCUUGUUGCGGAACAGAUCCCGCAGCCUGGUGACACUGGGCUCUCAGUGUCAUGAGAGCCUCUGCAGCAGGAUUGCCAAAUUCAAUAGUAAAAAUAAAAGAUGCCCAGCUACAUUUAAAUUUCACACAAAGGAAAAUUAAAUAUGUCCAUGAAGCUUAUGCAACUUUAAAAAAAUCUUAAAUUCCGAUUUAAUUGGAAAACCUGCGUUGUAUUUGGCAACCCUAUCCAAGAUGAGAAUUUCCAUUAGUCUUUCAAGUUCAAAAUGAAAUGAUCCGACCAGAGGGUGUAGUUCAGUGGUAGAGAGCAUGCACAGGGCCCCAAUACAGCACCCGUCUCCAAACAAAUAGAAACAAUUUCAAGUGUCAGUCAAAACCUCAGUGACUUUUUCUGGGCAGCUUUUUCACUUCUGCUCCUCACGCUAGUGUAAGGCUACCUAUAGCGUUUUUGUUUUGUUUGUGUUUUUGUUUUUUGAAACAGGGUUUCUCUGUGUAGGUCUGACUGGCCUGGACUCAUUUUGUAUAUCAGGCUGGCCUGGAACUCACAGUAGUCUGCCUGCCUCUGCCUCCCUGAGUGCUCAGACCCUUGAUUUCUUUUGGGGAACAGUUUUAUGGUCAUCUCUGCCCUCAGCCAUGGAAAGAUGUUGACUGAAAUAGUUGUUAUGAAUAAACGUUUACUAAGACCUACCAGGUACGGGAGGAGUCCUGAAUAGAGAAGCAGUUUUGUAAAUUGCUUUCUGUGUGCUAAAUGUGGCGCUAGUAAUUUUGCUGAAUGCCCACUAAAUCCUAAUAAAUAGAUAGGCAUGUUCUCUGACGGAGUGCAAUUUUGAGGCCUUUAAUAAUUGGUGUAAAUAACUGAUGCUAUUCAAAUCUCUGCGUCUCCUUUUUGAGAACGUUGGCCUUUGCUCCAGUUGGUUAGUUCCCGUUUCCCAUGGAAACAAAAGGCCAUGUACGAGCGUAGGAAACCAGGAAGUGUGGGGUUUACUUCCGGUUCGUGCCGGAAGUUGACGCAGAGCGUCUGCACAUGGCUGCCCCUGGAGAGGAUGCCGCUCGUGGUGUUUUGCGGGCUGCCUUCCAGCGGCAAGAGCCGGCGUGCAGAAGAGCUACGCCGGGCGCUGGCCGGCGACGGGCGCGCCGUGUACGUGGUGGACGACGCCUCGGUGCUGGGCACGCGGGACCCGGCUGUGUACGGCGACUCCGCCGGGGAGAAGGCCCUGCGGGCCGCGCUGCGGGCCGCGGUGGAGCGGCGCCUGAGCCGGCAGGACGUGGUCAUCCUGGACUCCGUCAACUACAUCAAGGGCUUCCGCUACGAGCUGUACUGCCUCGCGCGAGCCGCGCGCACGCCGCUCUGCCUGGUUUACUGCGUGCGACCGGGCUGGCCGAGCCGCGGGCUCGGGGAGGCUGACGCCGCCGAGAAGCCGGCUCCGGCCGUCAGCGCGAGCUGGUCGCUGCGCGCCGAGGAGGACGGGCAACCUCUGGCGGCCGGCGCUGCGCGGGAAGAGCGCGCCGCCAUCCCCUGGGCAAACGGGGAACUCGCGGCCGCUGCCCCCGGGGAACCGGAUCCAGAGGAAGCCCUGCCGUCGACUCCUCCAGCCGUGGGGACCCCCGAGUCCGGGAGAUCUGCAAAGUCCAGUGCCUUCUCUUCCAAACUCUUGGAGUCCUUAGCGCUGCGCUUUGAGGCCCCUGACUCUCGGAACCGCUGGGAUCGCCCCUUGUUCACCGUGGUGGGUUUAGAAGAGCCGUUGCCCCUGGCCGAGAUCCGCUCUGCGCUGUUUGAGAAUCGGGCGCCCCCACCCCAUCAGUCCACGCAGUCCCAGCCUCUGGCCUCUGGCAGCUUUCUACACCAGCUGGAUCAGGCCACGAGCCAGGUGUUGACUGCUCUGAUGGAAGCACAGAAGGGCGCGGUACCCGGAGACUUGUUAACACUUCCUGGCACCACAGAACGUCUCCGAUUUACCAGGCCUUUGACCUUGGCAGAACUGAGUCGCCUCCGUCGCCAGUUUAUUUCCUACACUAAAAUGCAUCCCAACAACGAGAACCUGCCUCAGUUGGCCAACAUGUUUCUUCAGUAUCUGAACCAGAGUUUGCAAUAAUGUGGUGGUGGGCAUUCUGUCUGAAUUCCGCUGUACUUUGUCUGGAAAGAAUAGUCUGAGGUCUGCAGAGCUUUCGAUAGUACUAGGGUGGCUAAGUUUGACCGGCUCAUUUUCUGCCUCUCUGCCAUUCUCCAAGGAUAUAGCAUAAACUGAGGCGAAGAAUCGCUGGGUCCAGAAAUACCAAGUGGCUUCAGUUGGACUCAAGUGAGGGUACUGCAUACCGCUGUUUGCCUUCCAUCAGAAUGGAAGAGAAUUGUUUUAAAUUGACUGUGAGAAGAAACCGAAGAUAAGUUUUGUCUUGACGAUGGUCCUUUUAUACUACAAGUAUUUUUGAGUACAGUACUUCUUGUUAUUUAUCCUGGAGCUUCGAACACAGAUAAAUCUUCUGUCCCUGGGAAACUGAUAUUUGUGUAAGACAACCAUUAGCUAUUUCCUCUAAUAAAAUCUUGUGAAGUUG